GACGCUAUUUGGCUUUGAAUUUUUAGCGCCGAACUCAAACAAGGAUCUAAAUGGCGGCAGCGAAGCUUAGGUCAUUUCUUUCGCCCAUUCAUCGGUCUUCUAUUCAAUUAUUUUCCGCGCGCAAUCUUUCUUCGUCUGCAGAGCUCGAAGAAUCGGUUAGGGCGGCGGUCGAGAGCAAGCGAUACGAGCAAAUUCCUGAACUUCUCGCUGCCGCCGAUCAAUCUCUCCAAAGCCACAACCCUUUCUCGUUCCUCUCGGCCUUCCCGGAGAAUGCGAGAAUCAGUGUCGUCGACGACAUUCUGCAGUCGUUUAUUCCUCUCAGACCUCGUUCUCGUCCCUUUAAAGCUUAUUCAUGUCUUCUUUCAUACACUCUUCAAAGCUCGAAUCCGCUUCCUAUAGCCCUCGCGAUUCUUCAACGUAUUCUCCGUUCCGGCUGCCUUCCUUCCCCUCAAACACACUUGCUCCUUUCCAAUGCGUGGAUUAAACGCAGGAAGCAAUUGCUGUCUGUCUCAGACUUACUAUCAGAGAUGAAAUCAAUUGGAUAUAGCCCCGAUUCCGGCACUUGCAAUUAUCUAAUUUCUUCGCUCUGCAAGGUGGAUCAGUUAAGAGAAGCUGUUAGCGUGUUGAAGGGGAUGGGGCGAGGUGGUUGCGUUCCGGAUUUGGACAGCUAUGGCUCUUUAAUUGCUGAGUUGUGUGAGCUCAGAAUGAUUGAUGCUGCUGUUGAGAUGGUGAGGGAAAUGGUAGUGACAGUCGGCUUGAACCCUAGGCAGGAUGUUUUGGUGAAAGUGUUGGGAGCAAUGCGGGCUAACAAAGAGAUAUGGAGAGCGGUUAGGAUGAUUGAGAUGUUAGAAGCUGAGGGCGUGCAUCUCGGGUUUGAGUGCUUCGAGCUGGUGCUCGAGGGCUGCAUUGAGUGCAGGCAGUUUGUUUUGGCGGAGAAAUUUGUAAUGAAUAUGACAAAGAAAGGAUUUAUCCCAUACAUAAGGGUGAGGCAGAGGCUGGUUGAGGGUCUUGCUGAAGUUGGUGAAUGGGAGCUUGGGAACGCUGUGAGACAGCGAUUUUCUGAGCUAAACUCGUAGUUUCUCAAGCUUUAUAUACAUGUGUGUAUGUUGUGGCUUGUGAAUGGAAACACAGGAAUUUAUGUUCUAGCUCGAGGAUCAUCCCAUUUGAUACCGAAUUUGAUCAUCUUCUCUUAUUGCAGCCUCAGAAUUUCUGGUCUCGGGCUCCUUAUUGGACAUGAGCUUUUCUGCAUAGGUAAAUCAGGAUGAGCUAACUCUGCUGAAAGCCUGAAAUUCAAGGCUUUGAUUUGUCGAGUUUUUAUUUAUUUUAUUUUAAGAGCUUUUAUGCGUUGCUGAGCAAUUUGAUGUGCUGUUUUGGUUUCAAUUCUCAUCUUAUAAGUGAUCCAAAUGGUAAUGCUGAAAAUACUGUAAUUGCAUACUAUAUAUUUGAAUUUCAGUCUCAUAGGCGGAUUUCAAUAAAAAGUUGUAUCAUCAACUUGAUAUAUUACCAGCAAAAUGUGAGUCUCUUAGAAAUAAAACACUUGUUAUGGUUUGAAAUCGUCUGUGUGAUGCCAGUGAUAAUAAUUCAACCCAAAGAGCUCUGUUGCCUAGGACUGCAUUGAUUGAGAAAGGACUCAACUAAUAUUUUGGGGAAGUUCGCGACUUGGCACAAGGACUUUCUUCAGAUAACUAGUUGGAAUUGUGCAUAUACUGAUACAUAUUAUUGAAAUUGUUACUGUCAGUAAUUUUGGCCAAGAUACUAGUGAUGUGGCAAAGAUACAUUCCUCAAGAGUCUUUCAGAGGGUAGCUAGCCAUCAUAGCAAUACCACAUUUGCCAUUCUUGUCUCCAGACCCUCGCUGCAUUUUGAUGUAGCCAGCUUCACCCCAGUUAGUGCCCCAAGAAUUCUUCACAAGCCAGUACGGCUGAUCAUUUUCUUCACCAUAUCCAACUACUGUCACACCAAAAUUCAGUGUUUCGGGACAAAGGGGAUUAAAUAUGCCUUCAGAGUAGAAUCUAAAA